CCAGCCCAGAUGCACUUUAAAAGCUAGUGACUGGGCCUAUAGCAUUAGUUCCUCUAGACCAGAGCCCAGAACUCGCUUGGCAGACACAGCCGGCAGAGUUGGGCCAGAUCUGCCGAUCUUCUCCGCUGUGCCGCCUGUGCCUGUGCUUUGUUCUUUCCUUUUCAUUUUUUCCUCUUUUUCCCCAUUUCUUCCUUGAUUUGUCUUGCCGGAAAAGUGAACUGGUCAUUUUGCUCGAGCUCACUGUUUGACGAAGAAGCAGCUGAAAGGAGAAGGUAAAAAGAAAGCUAAUGGCAGGCGAAGAAGUAGUACCAGAACCGAGUAUGUCUUCGCCAUCGCUGGAGGACAGGCCUGGAAUCCUGAUCAUCGGUCCUUCCGCCGUCGGCAAACGCACCCUCCUCUCCCGUUUGCUUUCGCUGGAUCUCGAAGAUGAUCCCGAUCCCGAUUCCGAUUCUCAAUUACUCAUCCGCGGGUGGACAAUCAACACUAAGUACUACUCCGCCGAUGUAUCCGUAUGGGUUACUCAUCUCACCGACGGAUUCCGAAUCGAGAACCUCCCGUCUCGCCGCCGAUUGGCCGCCGUCAUCAUGGUUUUCGACGCUACUGACCUGUCGUCGCUUGCUGCAGUUCAAGAAUGGGUAUCGCGCACCGAUAUCGACGAUUACGAGAUACUGUUAUGCGUAGGGAAUAAAGUGGACCUUGUUCCGGGCCAUCCCGUCCACCAAGAAUACAGAAGGCGGUUACUGCGGCGGCAGCAAAAGCUCGAGCUUGAGCAGUCUGCCUCUGAUGAGUUCGGAAUCUCUGAAACAGAAGGUGCCAAUUUGUUAGGGAACAACGAAGACGACGAAGAAGAAGUAGUAGAAGAACAAGAUCAGUCGUUUCAGAUCAGGAGGUCAUGUAUUGAGUGGUGCACUGAUCGGAAUAUUGAGUACAUUGAAGCUUGCGCUUCCAAUCCCGAAUUCGACAAAUGUCUGUCUGUUGAUGGCGAUAGUCAAGGGAUGGAACGAAUCUUUGGUGCACUUUCUGCUCAUAUGUGGCCUGGAAUGAUUUUGAAAUCUGGAAAUAAAAUGGCUGAACAACCAAUACCUGAGGAAGAAGACUUAUCGGAGCAGUCGGAUUACGAAUUAGAAUACGAGGUGCUAUCCGCAGGUUCUGCAGAACCGUGGGAUGAUACCAGAUGGGUUUCUGCCAGCACUACGAUUUCCACUCCUAGUGAAGGGGAAUCUAAUGCACACGUAAAACACGAUGUUGCCGGACUUAGCAAUGGGAACAAAGAAAGUUCUAGUACUGCAUCAAAUGCUGGAGGUGUCAUGGGGAUUCACCCUGAGGACGGAGAACAGGGUUAUGAAGGAAAUCUGCUGUCGUCGUCUGCUCAAAGAGAGGAAUCAUCAGAGGACGACAAAGGAGCAGUGCGAAAUGCUGAAGUAUCGGAAGCAAAUGGUGAGGUUGAACCAUUCGACUUUGAGGACUUGGAAAAGCUGAUGUUUGAAAUCGGUAACAUAAGGGAUGGGUUAAGAUUGAUGCCUGAUGUACAGAGAAGGGAAAUGGCUGCAAAUCUGGCAAUGAAAAUGGCUUCCAUGUUUGGAGGCGGCAGCGAUGAUGAGGAGCCUGAUGGUUUUGAAUGAUUUCAUGAAUUUCAAGCUGUAGGUGAAAAGAGAUUUGUAAAGUUAUGUGCUGCAAUUUUCAGAUUUUCUCCCUGGUGUCCUAUCUCUGAGUUGAUGAACAAGCUACUGAAUCAUUAUAUGACGGAUGUUUACGGGUUUGAUAAUACUUAUAAACAGAAGUGCACGCAUGCCACUAGCGUAGCAUGUGCUGCAUUUUUCUCAUGGCACUGACUGACAUUCUUCUCGUACAGUUGCUUCAUGAUUGCACCUCACUUCUGGCCUCCAGUCUGUUGGUGGUUCUUCGUAGCCUUUUUGAUCGACAAUGAAAUUGAGUGAAUUGA